UUAAUUGCAACUAUGAGAUACAAUAAUUUAUUAAAACUGUGAUGAUGCAAGAAUUAUGGCAGCCAAAAACAUUCCAAGCUGGUCAUAUACGCUUUACCUCCCAGUCUAUUUGUAAGGUUUAGAAACUAGCAUGUGCUUACAAACCAUUCUAAACAUGUCCAAAACUAUGGUACUCCAAAAGAGUACUAAUUCUCUUCCUACUAUUCAAGUAUGGCUGCUGGUUUUAGUAUGCUUGAGUACUUUGUCAAGUAUUAAUUCUAAGAUCACUAGCAGCAUUCCCAACAAAAUCCAGAAAGGCCAAAUCCUUAAUGUAUCACAGACCAUUGUAUCUGCUAGUGGAUGUUUUGAACUUGGCUUCUUCUCUCCACAGAACACCACUAAUCUCUACGUGGGAAUAUGGUUAUUCAAGAAGAGAGUUUUUGAUUACUGUGUUUGGAUUGCCAAUAGAGAUUACCCUCUCCUUACUUCCUCUGCUAUCCUCACUAUCAACCAUGACGGAAACAUUGUGAUUUCGGAUGGAAAAGUGAUGUACAUGGUGACCAACACCUCAAGGGGACAAGAUACAUAUGCCAUGCUAACCGAUUCAGGUAAUCUUGUACUAAAAGAAUACAACAGCUCAGAAGAUGAUCAUAAUCUAGUAUGGCAAAGUUUUGAUUCUCCUACACAUUCCCUUUUGACCGGGAUGACAUUUAUGUGGGAUUCUUCUUCUUUAGUAUCAUGGAAAAGUGAAGCUGAUCCUAGUCCAGGAAACUUUUCCCUAAUACUAGAUUCAUUAAAGAAGCAACUAGUCAUCAAGGAAAGGUCAAGUGAUGGUGAUUCAAAUGAGAAUGAAGGGUCCAUGUUAGGUAUGAUUUUGAAUAAAAACUUCCAACGAAAUCUUUAUCUUGGCAUCAAUCCCCAAGAUGAUUCAUCUGGUCAAAUUUCUCGGUUAGUGUUGGAUGAAUCAGGGCAGCUUAAGCUACAAUCAUGCUCACCAGAAACCAAACUUUGUAUAUGGAUAUGGUCCAGAUGCUGGUAUUCAUCAUGUGGAGCAUAUAGUCUUUGCAAUGAGAGUGCUGAGUCUUGUAGCUGUUUGCCUGGGUUCAAGCGUGUUGAUAAUUUUACUUUAGGAGACAAUCCUAUAAGCUGUAAGAGGAAGAUUGAAUUAAAAUGCAGUAAUCUCAAUCUAGCUGCUGAUAAUUUUUUUCCUAUUUCAACUACUGAGUUUCCAACUGGAGCCUUGAAGAUCGAUGUUGGGAAUUAUUCAAGCUGCCAAUCAGCUUGUUUGAAAAACUGUUCUCUCAUUGGUUAUGCAUAUGACGAAGAGAAUGGAUGCUUACUGUGGAAUAGUGGUUCAUUCUUCAAUCUGAGGCAACAUUCGAACCGUGAACACAGGAAUAUAAGAAAAGUUUAUCUCAGACUUGCUGCCGGUUCUGAGAUUAGUAACUUGAACGUGAUUUCUGACACACAUGAAAGAAAUGGGAGUGUGGAAAAGAAAAAAAAGAAGAUAGGAACCACAAGUGUUCAUUUGCUGAUUAUAUUGUCAGUUGUCGCUGUAUUUUUGCUAAUUCUUUGUAGACUUUUGACUAAGCAGAGAACGUUUGGAUGGAAAGCAGGGCGAAAUUUGUUACACUUUGAUGUCGAAAUGAGCCUAAGAAAUGGCGACUCUGAGCUUCCUGAACUUAAAAAGCGUAAAAAAGGUCGAAAAAGACCAUGCAAGGUGAUAUUUUUCACCUUUUCAAGUGUGGUUGCUGCUACUGAUAAUUUCUCUGAGGCAAGAGAGAUUGGAAAGGGUGGGUUUGGACUAGUUUACAAGGGAACUUUAAUAAAAGGAGAUGUUGUAGCUGUAAAAAGACAAAUGAAAAAAUCUCAAGCAGGAAAGAAGCAGUUCAAAACUGAAGCACAUCUCAUUAGCAGGCUUCAACACAAGAAUCUUGUUAAACUACUAGGCUGCUGCAUUGAAAGAAAAGAGAGAAUACUUAUUUAUGAAUACAUGCCCAACAAAAGCUUGGAUUUCUACCUCUUUGAUUCAACAAGGUGCAGCCUUCUUACAUGGGAGGUACGAGUUAGAAUCAUCCUGGGGAUAUCUCAAGGUCUUCUGUAUCUUCAUCAGUAUUCCAGGAUCAGAAUCAUACAUGGAGACCUUAAGGCUAAUAACAUAUUAUUGGAUGAAGAUAUGAAUCCAAGAAUAUCAGAUUUUGGAAUGGCAAGAAUACUUAAAGCCAAUCAGCCUCACAGAACUACUGAAGCACCUGGUGGAACUUUAGGAUACAUGUCACCUGAAUAUUCUCAAGGCAUUGUGUCAGACAAGGCAGACGUUUAUAGCUUUGGAGUCAUGGUGUUGGAAAUUUUGAGUGGAAAAAAGAACACAACUACUUUUCCAAACUCGGAGACUCGUAGUAUUAUUGCAUAUGCAUGGGAAUUGUGGACAAAUGACAGAGGAUUGGAGGUGAUGGAUCCAUUACUAGAAGAUCAGACUACAGCCCAUAUCGAUAUGGUGCUAAGAUAUAUCCAUAUAGCUCUCCUUUGCGUGCAAGAAAGUGCCGUCGAUAGGCCAAAUAUAUCUCAGGUUGCCAUGUGGCUAAGCAAUUCUCAUGAAGACUUACCUCAGCCCAAGCAGCCAGCUUUCCUCAAUUCUAUCUCUACUGUGAAUCGAAACCCAAUUCAGAAUGAGCCUGAAAUAAUCUCUACAAAUUUUGUAACUCUUUCUGCAAUUGAACCACGUCCAUAAAUUCAAGAGUAUCCUUAUGUUGAAAUUUCUUUGUGCUGGAUUUGAAUAGAUCGUUGAGAUUUGUUUAUGACAUCUUUCCAUUGGCAUGAGGCAACUCUUAGUUGUUCAUGACAUUUAAGUUUAUAAA